AAAAGCCCAAGCACAACCCGUUUUCGCAUACUGAUCGAGCUACAAUUCCGAGGACUAUCCAUCGUCUUUUUUGCUGCUCCAUCCCACUUUUCUUUGCUUCAAUCCUUUUCAGGUGUUUGGCAAUGGCGGACGAGGUGGUUCUGCUGGAUGUCUGGUCCAGCAUGUUUGGGAUGAGGGUCAGGAUCGCGCUCGCUGAGAAGGGGAUCAAGUACGAGUCUAAGGAAGUCCACUUGAGGAACAAGAGCGAUCUGCUUCUCAAGAUGAACCCGGUUCACAAGAAAGUCCCGGUUCUCAUCCACAACGGGAAACCGGUCUGUGAGUCCCUCAUCAUCGUUCAGUACAUAGACGAGGUCUGGAACCACAAGUCUCCGUUGCUUCCCUCUGAUCCUUACCAGAGAGCUCACGCCAGGUUCUGGGCUGAUUUUGUUGAUCAGAAGGUACAUGGUGCUGGAAAGAAGUUAAUGGCCACAAAAGGAGAAGAGCUGGAAGCAGCAAAGAAGGAUUUUUUGGAAAUACAUAAGACAUUGGAGGGAGAGCUUGGCGACAAGCCUUACUUUGGGGGUGAGACAUUUGGGUUUGUCGACAUUGCUUUCAUUACUUUUUACAGCUGGUUCUCUGUGUUUGAGGCUUUUGGCAAAUUGAGCAUGGAGGUGGAGUGCCCCAAGAUUAUUGCAUGGGCUAAGAGAUGCAUGCAGAAGGAGAGUGUCGCUAAGUCUCUUCCUGACCAGAAGAAAGUUUAUGAGUAUGUCUUGCAGGCGGUUGGAUUAGGGUAAGUUCAGCCGACCAGAGUUACAGAGUAUAGAAGUGCAUGUUUUUUCGUUGUGUCUGCUAAAUGUUUGAUGAAAUGGUAUCAUAGGAAUAAGGACAUGACUUUGUUGUGUCUGCUAAAUGUUUGAUAAAAAUGAAAUUGUGCCUUUCUACGUACAAGAGGAAUGAUAUAUCUUCCUUUCUUUCUUAA